AAUAAAAUUUUAGUGUGGUUUUAGAUUUUAACGGUAUAUCGUCGUGAAAAGUUCAUAGUUGUCCGGCGAGCUCAUAUUUGAUUAAACUAUAUUUCCAUAAAGUUUCCCAAUAAAAUGCAAUAUUUUUAUUUAAUAGUCGCAGCAUUAGCUUUUGUCACAUAUGUCAAUUGUGAUGCAUGCGUUCAAUGUGACUCAAAAACUGAUCCAAAAUGUGCAACAAAUCCUGAACGAUUCUUAGCAAAAGAAUGCUCAAAUUCCACUUCCAAAUGUUUCUCUAGAGUAGUUGGUGGAACAACAAUCAGAGGAUGUGCUUCUGAUUUGGACAAUAAAACUGCCACCGCUUGUUCAAAUGAAAUGGAUUGUUUGAUUUGUACAUUUAUGGAAGGAUGCAAUAGAAAUGUCUUCCCAACUCACAGAUCACAGUGCCUACAAUGCGUUGGAAAUGGAACUGGUUUCUGUGCAAGUGAUACUUUUGCAAGACCCAGAGUUUGCCCAAUUUACGAAAUUGGUGACAAAUGCUUCAUUCGCAAAUCUAAAAAUGCCAACCUUACAAACGCCUUUAUGCGAGGAUGUCUUUCAUCGGCUCACGCUGAGAAAUUAUGUCGCAAAGACGAUUGUUACACUUGUGAGGGUACUGGAUGCAAUUACAUCCCAGCGGACUCAGCAGACAUACCUUUUGCCAAUGCUGCAGCUAUCUUAAACUACUCGCUGUAUUUAAUUUUCGGCAUUUUCCUAAUUCGAUCAAAAUUAUUGUAAAAAGUUAAAUUUAAAUUAAUUUGAAGUUUUUUUUUUUUUGGUUUAAAUGUAAAUUUUGUUUUUUAAGAAUUUUUAUUUCAAUUUUGUUGUAUUUUAACAAAAAUUAACGUUAUUGUCAAAUAAAUCCAUUUUAAUUUUU